AUGCGGCCGCCUUCAUUCAGCAAUGGCCUCGACACACGUUUUCCACCAGCUUCUGGCAACCCACAGUCUCCCUCAUCACCGGUGAAUAGGUCCUACAAUGACUACUACAAUGCAAAGCAACGAAGGAUGAAUAACCCAAUGGGCAACCACCUCGGCACAGACAUUGCAGUCGAUCUUGGUUCUCCAGCACGUCGUAGACCAUUGUCUUCUUUUUGGUCUGUCAAGGACAAGCCGCGUCGAUUCUUUCAACCCCAUCGUUAUCGCUACUACCAUCGCAAUCGCUGGUGGUUAAGGCCGUUGCUUGUUAUCUUGUUUCUUGCUCUUGUAUUCGGUUACAUACCCUUUUUCCACCUUUCACUACCGAAUCCCACCACUUCAUCCAAUGUACAAAGCACCAGCAGUCAGUAUCGUGAUCAACUCCUCCUCUAUCGUAUCAUUGGCAAUGAUCUUCCACCGCGCCAUAAGGAAGGGCAGACAUUAUCUAAUCUACGCUUUAUCCUUGAGCAUGAGCCAUCAUUUCCAAAUACGCGUAAAAUAUUCGUCCUCAAUCGUAUCACCGAUCCCGUCAAUGAACGCGCCAUUAUUCAACUGCUGGAACGUUACAAUGCCGAGUAUUUGAACAUUGCAUUCAAUGAGACCGAAUACCAGCGUAUCGAUUUUCGAUUAGAGGAUUUCCCAGAACCUGAUUUCUUGCAUUCGGAUGAUUAUCGACGAUUCUCCAAAGUAGCCAAGCUGCGUGCCCUUGAUUACACCUAUCAUGAUAAGAACCUUUAUGCAAUGAAUAAUAAUGGUGGUCGCAAUACAGCCUUGGCUCAUGGUCGCUCAAUUGGAAAUGCAAAGUGGAUUAUGCCAUUUGAUGGCAACUGUUAUCUCAGCCAGAAUGCAUUUGACGAGAUCAAGACACAAUUGGAUCGAUUCGGUGAUGAUACAAAGUACUUUGUUGUGCCCAUGACACGUCUCUUGAACAAUUCGGAUCUCUUGAACAGCAUGGAUGAACGUCCACGUUCGCAUGAAGAACCACAAAUCAUUUUUCGCUUUGAUGCAGAGGAAGAGUAUAAUCUCAACAUGCGAUAUGGAAGACGUAGCAAGCUGGAAUUGUUAUGGCGACUUGGUGCCUUGGAGAAUCGCAAAUUGAAUCGACCUACUGUUGCUUGGGAACCAAAGGAACGAGCCUAUAGCAAGGAUAAGGGCAAUUUCCGGUUCAUUGGAUGGGUGUUUCGAUUGUUUUCUGGUAACCAGGCACAAGAGGAAAGCAAAAAAGAGGCAUCAUCCAUCCGUGCCUUUAAUCGACUUUUGGCUAUUCAAUCGACAUUGGAUGCUUUGGAUGAACGUAUUGCGAGACAUACAUUCCGUCACGAUCGUCUUUUUCUCUACAAUGAAACCGAAUUGGCACAUAUCCGUCAUCGAUUUUGGAGCGAGGAUUCAUCCAUCUUAUCAAGCAUGACCAUAUUCCAACAGCGUGUUGAUGAUGUUUUAUUACACACACGAGAACAGCUAGCACCUAUGGCAGCGACCGAUGAUGUGGACCAUAUUUUGGAUGCUGGUAUGAGUAUCAACAGCGAGCAUCACCCUGGUAUCAAUCCUCCCGCCUUGGAUACGUUGGGAUCAUUGACACGCAACAUUACGACACUUGCACUUGGGAACUAUCUCCUUGGCAAUGAAAAGUAUGGUCGAUGGGCAGCCAACUUAAUCCGCGUCUACUUUCUCAGUGAACGAGCAUUGGGUGACCAGCAAAGCGAAUACAGCACUGCACGCAUGACAUCUGAGAAUACGCAUCUAUUCGAGUUUUUAUCGGACCAAGGCUACUCAUUUCCAAGUCUCAAUCGUGUAUCCCAUGUGAUGCCCAAAUACACCGACAGCAAACUCAUAUCCACCAUUGAUCUCAGCAAGACCGAUUUGACAUUGCUACUUGACGCCAUGCGGUUAUUACGUCGUGCACAAAUGCUGUCACAUAAGGAGUAUGCAGAAUUACAAACGAUGAUGGCUCAAGUACUCGAGUAUUUGGUGGCAGUACCCACGGGCAUCCAUUUAGCUCAAAUGACCGAUCAUAGAGGUGUGCUUUACGAUUUGCAAGUAACGGCACUAGCAGCAUUCACAGAUGAUGUUCGAUUCUUAUUGCGAGUAGCCAACCGAUGUCGAAUGCGUAUUGGAAAACAAUUCUUGAAAGAUGGAUCACAACCCUAUCAGGACAUCUCUGCACAUGCAAGAUUGAAUGGAAGACAAGUCGAUCAGAGCACUGAAGAUGCCAUUUUAUUCCAUUAUCGCUCGCUCAACCUUCAAUAUUGGACAAUCCUUGCGCGUGGUAUUCAAAACAGUGGUGUUGCCAAUGACAUUUGGCAUUAUACAGCCAACAAUCAAGGACGCAUCUCUCAUGCAGUAGUCCACCAUUUACAACAAUACUCGCCUUUUGCCAACGAUCAAGAAAAACAACAACGUCUAGCCCUAUUGACACGAUUGGCAUACUCAGCUUUCACAUACAGUAAUGCAUUUGAGGAUGAUGUUACUCGUCAAUCUACGCAACAGGAUUUGGAUUGGAUAGACAAUUAUCAAAAGACACGUGAUGAAAGUAUGGGUAUCCUAGCCUAUUUAUUCAUCUGA